AUGAAGGAAAAUUUUUCUGCAAUCACAAUGUUUACUCUCUCAGGGGUAAGUGGCACAACGAACUACAGAGUCACCCUCUUUGUUCUUACUUUUUUGUGUUACUGUGUGAUAUGGCUUGUAAAUAUGACCAUAAUUGUCGUAACCAUUGUGGAUAAAAACCUUCAUCAACCCAUGUAUAUCUUCCUCUGUAAUUUGUGCAUCAAUGGUCUUUAUGGAACUGCAGGCUUUUACCCCAAAUUUCUCAAGGAUCUUCUGUCUACAGCUAAUAUUAUAUCGUAUACGGGGUGCCUCCUGCAGGGUUUUGUUUUGCACUCUUCAGCUUGUGCUGAUUUUUCUAUUUUAGCUCUAAUGGCCUAUGACCGAUAUGUGGCUAUAUGUCGGCCUCUGGCAUACCAAUCAGUGAUGACUAAACAAAGAAUCUGUGUGUUUGUGUUUUUUGCUUGGAUUAUUCCUUUUUAUCUGUUGUUCAUGAGCACAGUCACAACGUCGAUGUCAAGGUUAUGUGGCUCACACAUACCGAAGAUCUACUGUAUUAAUUAUUUGGUUGGUAAACUAGCCUGUUCUGCCCCCAUAGCAAUGAUCGUUAUGCCAGCUUUUAACUAUACUUUUUAUUUUUGCCAUGUUCUUUUUGUUGUUUGGUCUUAUAUUUAUCUGAUCAAAACAUGCCUUAAAUCACAAGAGAACAGAAGUAAGUUCAUGCAAACAUGUAUGCCACAUUUAUUCUGUUUAAUUAUUGUUGUUGUAUCCUUGCUUUUUGACUUGCUGUACAUGCGAUAUGGCUCAAAAGAAUUACCACAAAGUCUACGAAACUUUAUGUCGAUAGAAUUUCUUGUUAUUCCUCCAAUUAUCAAUCCACUGAUAUAUGGUUUCAAAUUAACGCAAAUGAGGAACAGAGUUCAGCAAAUAUUGUUUGGUAAACGUGUCAAUACUUAG